CGGGGCCUGGCCACCCUGAGAGACUGGCCGAGUGGUGCGUCGCGGGCCGCGGCGGCUGCCGUGCGUCCGCCGCACCGCUAGGGGACAGCGCAGACUGACGGAGGACCCCGAGCCGGAGACAGAGCGAGAUUCGGAUCUGUGGGGAGCCAGGACGCCGAGCAUCCUGGAGCCCGGCUUCAACAUACCCUACACACUGGGUGGAGCUGAUCCCAAACACCAGCCCAGCUGAGCUGACUCUGGAUCCUGCCUGCCAGCUAGAGUUGACCCUGAGAUCCAACCUGACCGAGCUGACCCAGGAGCCUGCAUGCCAGCCAGAGCUGAGCCUGAGCCCCCGGCUAGCUGAGCUGACCCCGGGUCCUGCAUGCCGUCCAGAGAUGGCCCUCAGCCGUGGCUCGACUGGGCUGACCUUGAAUCCCGCACUCCAGCCGGAGGAGACCCCAGUCCCCAGCCUGGCUGAACUGACCCUGGAGCCUGUGCACCGCCGACCCGAGCUCCUGGACGCCUGUGCCGACCUCAUCAACGAGCAGUGGCCCCGCAGCCACGCCUCCCGCGUGCAUUCCUUGGGCCAGUCCUCAGACAACUUCCCCCUCUGCCUGAUGCUGCUGAGUCCCCACCCCGUGUCGGGGAAAGCCCCCAUUGUAGUGGGACAUGCCCGCCUGUCACGGGUGCUGGACCGGCCCCAGAGCCUCCUAGUGGAGACAGUGGUGGUGGCCCGGGCGCUGAGGGGCCGUGGCUUUGGCCGCUGCCUCAUGGAGGGCCUCGAGGUCUUUGCUCGGGCCCGGGGCUUCCGCCGGCUACACCUCACCACCCAUGACCAGCUGCGCUUCUAUGCCCACCUGGGCUACCAGCUGGGUGAGCCAGUUCAGGGCCUGGUCUUCACCAGCCAGCGGCUGCCCGCCACUCUGCUCAGUGCCUUCCCCAGGGCCCCUUCUCUGUGGCCACCCCUCAAGACCCCUGGCCCGACUGCCCAAGCUGCCCCAAGAGCCCCCAAAGGGCCAUCGUUGCCGCCACCACCCCCCCUGCCUAAGCCCUCAACCACCUCGCCCCCACCUCCACAAAACCUGCUGGAGACACAAUACUAUGACCUGAGAGGACGUCCUAUAUUUUGGAUGGAGAAGAACAUCUGAGGGCCAC